CCACCUCAUAGUUCGAGGAAACAGCCCACUUCGCAGCAGGUUCUAUCUCGGAUUCUUGCUGUGCUGCGGACUCUACCAUGUAUAUUCUCGAGCAAUUGGCGCGUCUGCUCGACCGCCCAUUCUUCCCUUGGAAGAAUGUCCUCGUUGGAUUCUCUCUUGGACAGUUUGUGCUAGAAGGACUCUUGUCUUUCCGUCAGUACAAGGUCUUGCAGCGGACGAAGCCUCCCCAGGUUUUGGAGGGCGAGGUGUCGCAGAAGGUUUAUGAUCAGAGUCAGGCUUAUGGUCGCGCCAAAGCCAAGUUCGGUUUCUUUGCAGGUCUUUACGGUCAGAUUCAGAAUCUCGCGUUCAUCUACGGCGAUGUCCUCCCCAAGCUUUGGGGUGUUAGUGGUCUCUUGUUGGCACGGUAUCUUCCAGCUCGGUUCCAGGGUGAAAUCGCCCAGACACUCCUAUUUCUCUUCGGUUUCAACUUGAUCAGCACGGUUCUGUCUAUCCCGGUUUCAUACUACAAUACCUUCGUGCUUGAGGAGAAGUUUGGUUUCAACAAACAGACCGUCAAGCUCUGGGUCACGGACAUGCUCAAGGGUCAAAUGCUGGGUAUCGUGCUAGGAACUCCAAUCAUCAGUGCUGUUCUCAAGAUCAUUCAGAAGACUGGCAACUCAUUCUUCUACUACCUCUGGAUCUUCGGUAUCUUCAUUCAGGUUUUCGCCAUCACCAUCUACCCCAUCGUUAUCCUUCCUCUGUUCAACAAGCUGUCGCCCCUGGAGCCAGGCCAGAUCAAGACGGGUGUUGAGAACCUUGCCAAGAAACUCGAAUUCCCUCUGAAGGAGCUGCAUGUCAUUGACGGCAGCAAGCGCAGUGCUCACAGCAACGCCUACUUUUACGGACUUCCCUGGAAGAAGCACAUCGUCAUUUAUGAUACUUUGAUCGAAAAGAGCGAGCCUGAAGAGGUGGUCGCCGUGCUCAGUCAUGAACUCGGCCACUGGAGCUUGAGCCACACUACCAAGCUGUUUGGUAUCGCCCAGUUCCACAUGUUCUACAUCUUCGCGCUGUUUUCCGCUUUCGUGAACAACAAGUCCCUGUAUCAGUCAUUUGGCUUCCACAGCCAGCAGCCCAUUAUGAUCGGAUUCCUCUUGUUCUCCGACGCCCUCGCUCCCAUGGACGCUGUCGUCAAGCUGUUGAUGAACAUUCUCAGCCGCAAGUUCGAGUUCGAGGCUGACGCCUUCGCUGUUGGGCUCGGAUACUCUGAGGAACUAGCACAGUCUCUUCUCAAGCUCCAGAUCCAGAACCUCAGCACCAUGGAUGCUGACUGGAUGUACGCAAGCUACCACUACUCUCACCCUAUUCUCUCGGAACGCCUCAAGGCGCUCGGCUGGAAGGGCGGAAAGGUCACCAACCUCAAGGAGGAAGACAGCGAGAAACCGGUCAAGGCCGCGGAUCGCGAGCUGUGAGGCCCUCCACUUCAUGUUGAGAUCUUUGGCAAAGCUUAGCCUCCUGUUCUGCAGUUCGUGGAGUACGGGGGCUGUCAAGCACUUGGGUACAUGACAUUGUAAUUGACGAUUUGUUGGAAUGGUAUAGUGAAUUCAAAGAACUUAACCAAAGAAGUAAGAAAACAAACCAAUGACAACCUCCU